UUGCACGGCGUUGGUGUUCGCCGUGGUGUUGUUGUGUACUCCUGGUGGGCUGCAUUCGUUGUGCACGGGUGCCUUUCACGCUGCUACGCCUGGUCACGAUGCCUCCCGUUCCCGUCCUACCUAGGAAAAUGCCUCCGCACUCUCCUCAGUCGCUCUCCAGAAAAUCCAGCUGGAAACAUAGUCUUCGAGGCGUCGGUACGCGAAGCAGGACGGGCAGCGAUGCCGGCGAUGACGCUGAGAGCACCGCGGCGGGGUCGGUCAAGAUGGGCAAGCUUGGAGGUUUGGGUGGUGGUGUCGGCGGCGGGGAGAAAGACAACAGUCAAGGCUACGCCAUAAGCAGUUACGAGCUUGUGAACAGGCCACGGGCGUAUUGGACGGUUGCGGCAGAGGUUGUGGCGAAAGGGGCCACCAUGCCAAAAAAGCGGCUUGUUCCCUUGCUGCGAGAGCUAUGCAUUCGGAUAGGAGAUUACACGGUCUGCGACGGCGCGUUCUUCGGCGCUCUCCUGGUCAUCCUGGGCUCGGCCAAGGAGGGGGACUGGGAUGGCAAGGCGGUGCGCCUGGUACACUUCUUCGUGCGAGGGAUGGUGACUGUCCAGGGUGACACGGAGGGGCGGGUGUUGGGGUCGCACUGGGAGGGCCGCGGGAUAACUCAACGGCAGAUCCUAGACGCUAUCGAGUGCUUCAGACAAGAGUCCGAGCAUCGUAGCUCAGUUCGACAAAUCCCGGCUUUCCACACCGUGGCGACGCUCUGCCAGCUGGCUUCUGUGUCCGGGGUUGGCGGUCAACCGUCCCCUGUUGAGGUGCUCAGGGAAACGACCCUCACCCCGCUGAGAUCGUUGCAGGCCCAGGAGAGGCCGGAGAGAGGAGGCAAGACCAAGGGGCGCGCUCUCCGGCAGAGGCAAGAAGCUUUCGAGGAGUCGCUGCAGGUUUCGGCUGCAAUAUUUUCAGCAAUUCGCCGAUGUCCGGCGCUGGCGCGCGACCAGAGCAUCCUUCCCCCGGUGUUGCUAGGCUGCUGCAGCGAGAACCACCUCGCCGCCCGACACGCCUUUGCGAUCCUCGCGGACCUUGCCAUGAAGUCGCCGGACGUGGUGUCGCAGACGCUCCUUAGCAAGGCUAUGCUCGUCCCGACAACGGUGGGCAUGCUUCAGGCCCCCGGCGGCCUCGCGGCCUCGGGGGGGGAGCCCAACCUGGCAGACUCCCUGGCUUGCGUGUACUACCUCCGGGCUAUCAAAGCCCUUGCAUUCGCGGAGGCCCUCGACGACACGAUGAGGCUGGACAUGUACCGUACCAUGGUUAGCUCGGUGUCGGACGCGCGGCAUCGCGUGGCGUUGGAGGCGAUGCAGUGCCUACUUGACCACCCGAGGGCGUGGGAGCUGCUCGUGAACGCCCAGCGAGAAUCUCGAGAUGCCGACAUCUUCCGCAGAGUAGUAGACCGCAUCAAGGUGUGCGUGGAGGAGGCCACUGCUCCCGCAACAGCUGCUGCGGCCGCCACUGCCGCACACGAUGGAUCGACCGCUGCUAGCCGGCCGGGAUCCCCUACUGAGCUUCCCCCCGCGGCGCCCGCCGACCUGAGCAACAAGAAGAAGAAGCUUAGGAAGAAGGAGAAGGCUAGUGGCGGCGGGGCUGGCAAUGGACCGGCGGGGGUGGGGGCGAGCGAGGCGUACUGCAACUGGGCGUUGGCCCACGCUGCUUGCCGUGUGUGUAGGGUGGUGGGCCGCACCUUUCAGGUGGCGAUUAGUUACCAGACGAUGCAAAACCAAAAUCGAGCCGGUGUCGACGGCAGCAGUGGCGGUAGCAGCACCGUCUUGGCAAGUCCGGCGGCGACAUCAAGCGUCGGCGGAGAGCGUCGCGGCAGUGGGACCUCCGGCCCGCGUCCCCCGUCCGUCAAUGCCCGCCACGGCUUCUCGGAAGGUCUGCUCGCGUCGGGGAGAGACGGCAGCCAACCGGUAACACCGGAAGUGGGGACGGGGUCGGCGUUCAAUCUCCUUGGCCUGCCGCCGUCGCCGGCCCCGAGGUCGGGGAUAACGCGAGCCCCCUCAGCUUGGGGCCCCACUGCCGGGGGGGGGGGGGGGGGNGGGGGGGGGGGGGGGGGGGGGGGGGGGAGGAGGCUUGCGAGGGAUGGGGGACGUGAUGGCCGGGCAGCGGCGAUCAGAGACUUGUGCCGCGCCCUGCAGCAGCACAGACUGCUGGAGAGCCCGCAUUUGCACGUGCGCAGCCUUGCCCUCGAGGCUAUGUUUCUGUUGGUGCCAGACCCUUCGCCGCUGGACCCACAGCUCCGAGGCCUGUGGGACUGGCUGCAGCAGAGAGUCGAGCAGUGCCCCUCCACCCUCCCGGACACUGUCCUUAGCGAGCUGGUGGACACCCUGCUCACGCGGGUCCAGUGCAGCGCUACCAGCCGGGAAGAGGUGAUCCCGAUCGCCCUCGCUCUCACGGAGAGCUUCAUGUACCAGGUACCGAGCGAGGAAAUGGGGCGCUGCGUUUUGAGGGCGUGGUGUCAGUGUGCCGGAUAUGGGGGGCGGGCGCGCGAGUCGGUGCUUCAGUCGGUGUAUCGCAUCCUCGAUAGGAGUAUCGCCCUGCCGCCCGACAACCCGCGCGCGGCCUUUGCGUCUGCGGCGAACAAUCGCGCCAGCACCGGCAGUGUUGGUGAUAGAGGAGGAGCGGCCCGUCACGUGAGGGGGAUGGCGAGCGAAGACUGGACCCGGCAGCCGAUCUCGACGGGAGGGGCACAGGGAGACCCGAGCGAGACGCCGAGACUGAAGUAUCUCAGAGCGAAGAGCGCAGCGACGAGGCUCAAGCGCUCCGCCUUUUGGUUUCUCGGUGAGUACUGCCGCCAGCUAACGGGAGCACCAGCUGAGUCAUCGCAAAACCACGACCAAACUCCACCCCCUGCUAAAACCGGCGGGAACGAGUUGCUCGACGUCUGGACAUCUCCUGUGCCUAGCCCAACAAAGGGUGGAAUGGGCAGGCUCCCGGCGGGUCUCGGGGACAUGGGAGCGGAGGCGAGCGCUGAGGCGCACCCUGUGGUAUCGGGGAUGAACGGGGCGACGAUAUCCAUCCUGAUGCGAUUGAAGCACGCCGCGAUGUUUGAGGACUUCCAGACCCGCUCUACGUGUGCGUCGGCGCUCUGCAAGAUCGCCCUCCGUCUGCCGGAUCCGAUCCGAUUCGACGCUUACUGCUUUCUCCAAGGCCUGGCGGACUCUGCGGCAUUGUUCCCCCUCGUGCCAUCACGCCAAGACAACGAUCCUGGCUGUAGUGGAGAGGGGCUCCUGGAAGGGCACUGGCGAGAGCAGGAAGCGCUCUUUGAAAGGAUCGAAAAUGCGGGUGCUUACGGCAUCCGCGAGGUGGUCACGCCCGUUCUGGACUACCUUGGCUGCUUGUACUCCAUGCCGGACAGCGAGGGAACGCGACCAGGCUCCUCGCAGGAUGGGUCGCUGCCGACCGAGCGGACCGAGGUCGGACAGCGCUCGGCCAUGGAGACGAAGUUGUUGGGUGUGUACAGGCGCGUUUUGGACGAGCACGGAGCUGCUCCGGGACCGUGAUUCACCUUGUCUCUUACCUGUUGGGU